UUCAUGAUCAGGUUUCUUUUCUUACUUGUUGCUUUACAAAUGUUAGUUUACAUGGGGUCACCGGCCAAACCCUUGAGUUCAGAGACCGAUGAGAUAGCAUUGCUUGCUUUGAAGGACAAGCUUACAAAUAGCGAUCCUCAUGCUCUGCCAUCAUGGAAUCAGUCUCUCCAUUUUUGUGAAUGGCAGGGCGUUACAUGCAGUCGUCGCCACAUGAGAGUCUCAUCCCUACAAUUGCAAAAUCAAUAUUGGGGUGGUACUCUUGCGUCAUCCUUAGGAAAUCUAACGUUUCUCAGAGAGAUCAAUCUUACUAACAUCUACUUGCAUGGUGAAAUUCCAAGAGAAAUCGGUCGUUUAAAGAGGUUGAAGAUUCUUGACUUGAGGAACAAUAAUCUUGGUGGUCAUAUUCCUGUGGAGAUGAUAAAUUGUUCAAGCCUUCAGGUGAUUAUAUUGUUAUACAAUAAUUUAACUGGCAAAGUUCCUUCAUGGUUUGGUUCUAUGGUGCAACUCACUCAAUUGGGGCUUGCAGCCAACGGUUUUGUUGGCAAUAUUCCGCCUUCUUUGGGAAAUCUUUCAUCGCUUCAGAAGUUGUCACUUUCACAAAAUCAUUUGGAAGGAAGCAUAACGCCGACUUUGGGUAGGUUGUCGAAUUUGAAACUUUUGGCUCUGAGUCUAAAUAAUUUUUCUGGCUUACUUCCUCCUUCACUUUACAACCUUUCAAAUAUUCAAACUCUUUUGUUAGCGGGCAACCAGUUAGUGGGUAAUCUUCUCUCAAAUAUACCUCUGGCUUUUCCCAAUCUUCAAAAUUUUGCCUGUGGAGGGAACCUAUUCACUGGUAUUUUACCAUUUUCAAUAUCGAAUCUUUCCGAAUUGCAAAAAUUUGAUAUAGAAGAAAAUGGUUUUUAUGGACCAAUUUCUCCUACUUUAGGAAGUUUACAUAAACUCCGGGAAUUUAAAGUUGGUCGUAAUAGAUUUGGAUCUGGAAGAGCUCACGAUUUGGAUUUCCUUUCUUCAUUGACUAAUUGUACUCAAUUGCAAAAGCUGGACUUUUCCGAAAAUUAUUUAGGCGGUGCAUUGACAAGUUUAAUAGGCAACUUAUCAACCAAUCUUAUUUUGUUUGACAUGGGAUUGAAUCAAAUAUCUGGAAGGAUACCUGAAACAAUUGGAAAUCUAUUUGGCUUAGCUUCACUUCUUAUGGAUGAGAAUGCCCUUGAGGGACCAAUUCCAAAUUCAAUUGGAAAGCUUAAAAAUCUAGUGAUAAUAUUCUUGAGUAUGAACAAUCUUUCAGGUAAUAUUCCUACUGUCAUAGGCAAUCUUACUAUAUUGUCAGUAGUUCACAUGGACUUUAAUGCAUUUAAAGGAAGUAUUCCAUUUACCUUCAGAUACUGUAAAAAGAUGCACACAUUCAGCGUUUCAGUAAACAAUUUAAGUGGAAACAUACCUACUCAAAUCUUUGCCUAUCAAAAAGAUUUAGUAAAUCUUGACUUAUCCACCAACUCCUUUACUGGUUCAAUCCCUGAGUUUGGUAAUUUGAUGCAUCUUUCCAAAUUAUAUAUGUAUGCAAACAAGUUUUCUGGUGUCAUUCCCGUGGAACUUGGUGCAUGUUCUACACUAACAGAACUUCGACUAGACAGAAACUUCUUCCAUGGGAAUCUACCCCCAUUCCUAGGAUCUUUAAGAUCCCUUGAAAGGUUAGACCUUUCUAAUAAUAACUUCUCAAGCACAAUUCCCCAUGAACUUGAAAACUUGACUUUUUUGAGUAAUUUGAACUUGUCUUAUAACCAUCUCUAUGGUCAAGUCCCAUUGGAAGGAGUCUUUGGUAACAUCACUGUAAUAUCACUCAUUGGAAAUAAUGAUUUGUGCGGUGGGAUACCUCAACUGAAUCUCCCUCCCUGUCCUGAGUUUUCCUCAAACAAACAUAAGAGCUCUCAUAAAAAGAUAAUUAUUCUCAUCAGUGUGAUUGGCGGGCUUUUGAUCUCUUUCAUGAUUUUUAUUAGUAUCUAUUGCCUCAGAAAAAAGUCCGAGAAGUUAUCUUUUUCACCAUCACUAGAACAUAGAUACUUGAAGGUUUCCUAUGGAGAGCUACAUCAAGCAACAAAUGGAUUUUCUUCCUCCAAUUUAGUUGGCACGGGAAGCUCUAGCUCUGUGUAUAGAGGAACUCUUGUCCAUUUUGAGAGACCUGUUGCUGUAAAAGUGUUGAAUCUUCAAACAUGUGGGGCAUCAAAGAGUUUCAUUGCCGAAUGUAAAGUUCUAGGAAAAAUUAAACACAGAAACCUUCUCAGUCUACUGACUUCUUGUUCAAGUGUUGAUUACAAAGGGAAUGAUUUCAAAGCCAUAGUGUUUGAGUUCAUGUUUAAUGGGAGUCUAGAAACUUUGUUGCACAACAUUGUUGAAGAUAGCAAAUCCACAAAUCUGAGUCUGAACCUUAUGCAAAGGGUAAAUAUUGCUCUUGAUGUAGCUUUUGCAUUGGAUUAUCUUCACAAUGAUUCAGGAGAAGCCAUAAUUCAUUGUGAUAUUAAGCCUAGCAAUGUGCUUCUUGAUGAUGAUAUUGUUGCCCAUUUAGGAGACUUUGGUCUAGCAAGACUUGUUCAAGGGGACAGAAGCUCUUUUACCAGUAAUCAUGGUAGUUCCUCUAUAAUUAAGGGAACCAUCGGAUAUGUUCCACCAGAAUAUGGAGCAGGUGGGCCAGUAUCACCACAAGGAGACAUCUAUAGCUAUGGAAUUCUUCUUUUGGAAAUAUUAACUGGAAAGAAACCAACAGAUGACAUGUUUGGUGAAGAUCUAAGCUUACACAAAUUUUGUAAAAAGGCAAUUCCAGAAGGAAUCACUGAAAUUGUUGAUUCAAGAUUGCUAACUCUGUUUGGUGAAGGAGAAAGAAAGAUCAUGCAAAAGCAAAGUACCAAGGAGUGUUUAGUGUCCUUUGCCAGGAUUGGAGUUGCAUGUUCUCAAGAGUUUCCCACUCGACGGAUGAACAUUAAAGAUAUCAUAGUGGAGCUGCAUGCAAUUAAACACAAACUGCUUCCAUAAAUAG